CGCUGAGUUCUAACAUGUGCAGCAGCCGCAGCAACAACACGCUUGUCUCGAGCUCUGCCUGUUCUGUUCUGUUCUGCAGACGCUCGGUUGUUGCUGAAGUAGUAGACGUGCGCCCACUUACUGAAGGGUUCGAGCAUCAACAAUGUGGACCGCGGCUCUGGUUCUGUGCCUGGGACACGUUCUGAUCGGAGGAGAGGCCGGUGCUCAGCAUCCGGAUCCGGUCCCUGGGACAGAACCCUAUGAGGCGACCUCCCCGGGCCUGUUCAUGCCGGGCCGACGGGAGCCCAACGGCUCGGCCCGUCCGCCCCACGCGGCGGGUCCGAAGACGCCGGCGCCCCCCAUGUGCUCCGAGUCGGCCGGGAUCAGAGACGCCUUCAAGUACGUCAACACCUUGGUGUCGCUGCUGGUGUUCGCUGUGGGAAUCGUGGGUAAUUCGGCGCUACUGAGGAUAAUAUACGUGAACAAAGGCAUGAGGAGCGGGCCCAACGUCCUCAUCGCCAGCCUGGCUCUGGGCGACCUCGUCCAUGUAGUGAUAGACAUUCCAAUCAACGCGUACAGGCUCAUGGCAGAAGACUGGCCGUUCGGUCUGGUGCUGUGCAAACUGGUCCCCUUCAUCCAGAAAGCCUCCGUGGGCGUCACCGUGCUGAGCUUAUGCGCUCUGAGCGUCGACAGAUACCGAGCUGUAGCAUCCUGGAAUCGAAUCAAAGGCAUCAAGGCUUCGGUGUGGACAGAAAUCGAAAUUACUCUGAUAUGGGUUAUUUCGCUGCUGCUGGCUGUGCCUGAGAUUGUGGGCUUUGAUAUGAUAACAAUGAACUAUAAAGACAAGCGUCUGAGAAUAUGUCUGCUUCAUCCCAUGCAAAGCACCCAGUUCAUGCAGUUUUACCAGUCGGCCAAGGACUGGUGGCUCUUCGGCUUCUACUUCUGCAUGCCGCUGGUGUGCACCGGGCUCUUCUACGCGCUGAUGACCAGGAGGAUGCUCCGGAACGCCGGGUCGACGCUCAGCGACCUCACCAGGCAGCGGCGAGAAGUGGCCAAAACCGUCUUCUGCCUGGUGGUGGUGUUCGCGCUGUGCUGGUUGCCUCUGUACCUCAGCAGGAUCCUGAAAUCCACCAUUUACGACGAGAAGGACCCAAACAGGUGUCGACUGCUGAGCGUCUUUCUCGUCCUGGACUAUUUUGGCAUCAACAUGGCCUCGCUCAACUCCUGCAUCAACCCCAUCGCCCUGUACGUCGUCAGCAACAGGUUCAAGCGGUGCUUCAAGGCCUGCCUGUGCAGACGGUGUGCACCUCUCGGAGCUGCUCCCCAUGACGAGGUGCAGUCUGUUUUGAAGUCCAGGAUGCAGGAUCGGGCCUCAGAGGAAAGCAACAACAUCAAAGCGCGCGAGCAGACAUCGACGCCUCUACCUGAGCAGGAGAACGUAGCGCGUUAGACUCCUUUGGUAUUUCUUUGUGUGUAUACGUUGCGGCGCUGCCGAGGCAGAUACCAAAGCGGCGGCUCCGCAUGCUCGACGUGCUUCCCUAAUAAUAUAAAACAUACCCUGUGAAUAACA